AUGGCUGUCUCGGUGCUCCGGCUGACGUUUGUCCUGGGCCUGCUUGUGUUAAUCCUGACCUGCCAAGCGGAUAACAAACCAGAUGGAAAACCAGAUGAUAAGCCAGAUGUUAAGCCUGAUAACUCAGACAAAAGCAAAGACGAUUUCCCAACCUUUCUGCACAACCUGGGCACAGAGAUAAUUGAGAAUGCCGUUGAAUUCAUCCUCCGCUCCAUGUCCAGGAGCACGUAA